GAGGAGGGUGAAGGGAGAGGGAAGGGAAAGGAAAGAAAGGGAAAGGGAAGAGGGAAGGGAAGAGGGAAAGGGAAGGGGAGAGGGAAAGGGAAGGGGUUGGCGCGGGGGUCCCGUCCCGGAGGCGGGGGCUGUCAGGCGGGGACAGUGUGGGGAGCGGGGUCCCGGGGCGGUGCAGGAGCACAGUUCCGCUCUCCCGGCGUGCGAGGAGAGGGAAGGACGGGUUUCGAGAAGCCGCUGCCCGUGUUCAGUGUCGGGGGAGCCGCGUCCAUCCCCGGUCCAGCCGCCGUGACAGCUGCCCUGGCUGACAAGACGGCCCCUCACCCAGCCCACAGGCCGGGAAGUCUGAGGGUGGGGGGCGGAAAAUAGGAGUCGCUUCGACCUCCCGGGGGAAAAAAAAAAAAUCCAAAGCAAGCUCAAUGAGAGGGGGAAAGGAGGGGCGGGGGGGGGGAGGUGUGUGGAAAGAACCCGGUAUUUUCAACUUGCGCAGGUUUAAUGGCCAGCAACAGGUGGCUGAAAUUGCAGCGGAUUUUACGGCCGGGGACUCCCCGGAGCGGAGCGGCGGGCAGUGGGGCGGCCCUGCCUGGGGAGAAGGCUGGGGGAUCCCGGCAUUAAGCAGGCGGCAGCGGUGGCAGAAAGAGACCGUUCCCCCCUCAGCUCGGAAGCGCACAGCGGCCGCCGCCUCCCGCGCUGCCCUGCCCGGCCCGGCCCGGCGCCGCCGCCUACAACUCCCGUCGUGCCCCGCGCCGUCGCGGCCGUUGCCGUCGCGCCCCGUUCUCCCCCCGGUCCCGCCGUUGCUCCCCGCCCACUGUCGGCGGCGCAAGCGCAGAGGAGGCGGCGUCCAGGGCAAGUCUCCCUAAUGUAAGAUGGUGGCCGGGCUGGCAGCGGAGUGCCCCGAGCUCGGAGAUUACCCGUCUCUCGCGUAAAGGUCGUCGGAGCAGCCGCCUAAGCACCCGUCCGGCCGCCGCCGCAGGUCCCGCCCCAGGAGCGCCGCCGCGGUUUUCCUCUCCCCCCGCUUCUCCUCUCUUUUCCUCGCCGCCUCUCUCCUUCCCUCCCCACCCUUCUCCUCCUUCUCCCCUCGCCUCCUUCCCCGCACGCUCGCUCGCUCACCCACCCACCCGCCCGCCCCCGCCGGCCCGGCCGCCGUCGCCGCGCCGGGCAGCGUGAGGGAGAGUCGCGCACACGCACCGCGGGCCGGGCAGGGAGGAGGAAGGCGGACCUUCAAGUGCUGACCUUUUCGGUCUAUUAAGUUAUUAUAAACUUUUGCUGCUCUGCGAACAUAUAAAGAUGUCUCGCAGCCCUGAUGCUAAGGAAGACCCUGUGGAAUGUCCCCUUUGCAUGGAGCCUCUGGAAAUUGAUGACAUCAACUUCUUCCCUUGCACCUGUGGCUACCAAAUCUGUCGUUUCUGUUGGCAUCGUAUCCGUACUGAUGAGAAUGGACUUUGUCCUGCUUGCAGAAAGCCAUAUCCAGAAGAUCCAGCAGUGUACAAACCACUCUCCCAGGAAGAGCUGCAAAGGAUAAAAAAUGAAAAGAAACAGAAACAAAAUGAGAGGAAACAGAAGAUAUCAGAGAAUCGCAAACAUUUGGCCAGUGUACGGGUUGUACAGAAGAAUCUUGUCUUCGUGGUAGGACUAUCUCAGCGCCUAGCAGAUCCAGAGGUUUUGAAACGACCAGAAUAUUUUGGGAAGUUUGGUAAAAUUCAUAAAGUUGUCAUUAAUAACAGCACAUCAUACGCAGGCUCACAAGGUCCAAGUGCCAGUGCAUAUGUAACCUAUAUCCGGUCAGAAGAUGCUCUCAGAGCCAUACAGUGUGUCAAUAAUGUGGUGGUAGACGGCAGAACACUUAAGGCAUCAUUAGGUACAACAAAAUAUUGCAGUUAUUUUCUAAAAAAUAUGCAGUGUCCAAAACCAGACUGCAUGUAUCUACAUGAGCUGGGAGAUGAAGCAGCCAGUUUCACAAAAGAGGAAAUGCAGGCGGGUAAGCACCAGGAAUAUGAACAGAAACUACUGCAAGAAUUAUACAAACUAAACCCCAACUUUCUCCAAUUAUCUACGGGUACAGUUGACAAGAACAAGAACAAACUGACAGCACUGCAGAGGUAUGAUGCACCCAACAGUAAUAACAAAGAUGCCUGGCCAUCAUUACAGAGUUCAAGUAAAUCAGCCAACGGUUUAACAAUGGAACACAGGAAAACGCCUCCUAUAUUAGAAAAUGGCACAGACCCAGAACACAUGACUCCAGAUGGUGCAGACUCAGAUUUCGGCCCUAUCGACAAACCUUCAGAUUCCCUCAGUAUAGGAAACGGUGACAGCUCCCAGCAGAUAACAAACAGUGACACACCUUCACCACCGCCUGGUUUAACAAAACCCAAUCCAGUCAUACCCAUCAGUUCAUCUAAUCACAGUGCACGGUCUCCUUUUGAAGGGGCUGUAACAGAAUCACAGUCGCUCUUCUCUGACAACUUUCGGCACCCUAACCCCAUCCCUAGUGGGCUUCCUCCAUUCCCCAGCUCUCCACAGACUUCAAAUGAUUGGCCCACAGCACCAGAACCACAGAGCCUCUUCACAUCAGAAACUAUACCAGUAUCCUCCUCCACAGACUGGCAAGCGGCUUUUGGGUUUGGUUCCUCCAAACAGCAAGAGGACGACUUAGGGUUUGACCCCUUUGAUAUCACCCGCAAAGCCUUAGCAGACCUGAUUGAGAAGGAACUGUCAGUCCAAGACCAACCUUCCCUCUCGCCCACAUCUCUUCAGAACCCUACCCCACACACUACAACUGCCAAAGGGCCAGGCUCUGGAUUCCUGCAUCCUGCUGCACCCGCAAAUGCCAACUCUCUCAGUAGCACCUUUCCAGUCAUGCCACAGAGGUUCCCACAGUUUCAACAGCAUCGAGCAGUUUACAACUCCUUCAGUUUUCCAGGCCAAGCAGCUCGCUAUCCUUGGAUGGCCUUCCCACGCAAUAGCAUCAUGCACUUGAACCACACAGCAAAUCCCACCUCAAAUAGUAAUUUCUUGGACUUGAAUCUCCCACCACAACACAGCACAGGUCUGGGAGGGAUCCCUAUAUCAGACAACAGCAGUUCUGUAGAGAGUUUAAAUAUGAAGGAAUGGCAGGACGGGCUAAGGGCACUUCUACCGAACAUUAACAUCAACUUUGGUGGACUGCCCAAUGCUUCUUCCCCCUCCAACGCCAACCACAGUGUACCAACGUCCAACACUGCCACCACCGACAGCCUGAAUUGGGACAGCCCUGGCAGCUGGAUGGACCCCGCAAUCAUCACAGGUAUCCCAGCCUCCACAGGAAACAGUUUAGACACCCUUCAAGAUGACAAUCCUCCACAUUGGCUAAAAUCUCUUCAGGCCCUCACAGAGGUGGACGGCCCCAGUGCAGCACCGUCACAGACGCACCACAGUAACCCCUUCGGCACACAGAUCCCUCUGCACAGAGCCAGUUGGAACCCCUACUCUCCUCCUUCAAACCCCACCAGCUUCCAUUCCCCGCCCCCAGGCUUUCAGACAGCCUUCAGACCCCCCAGUAAAACCCCCACAGAUCUACUACAGAGCUCAGCGCUGGAUCGUCAUUAGGAAAGGAGGAAAAAGAAAGGAGAAAAAAAAAAAAGAAAAAUAAAACCCAAAACGUUAGAAAUGCAGGAAGUGUCCCACCCUGACUCCUCCCCAUGCCCACCUACUGUUCCCUGUCAUAUCUUUCUUUCUGAAGAAUCCAGUUCCUGAUCAAACCUCCCCCCCAAAUGCAAUGCCAUCACAGGGUUGUGACCGUUAUCUUUUUGUUAAGUUUCUGCUGAGCCAGUGUUUGAAAUACACUGCUUGAAAUAUUUUCUAACUGUUCUAAGGAAAAAAAAAAAAAAGAGAGAGAGAAGUCAAAAUGCAGUCUCAAUGCUUAAGGAGAAUAUUACUGUCUUAUGUCUUUUGCACAUGAGUAUUUCUGCCUAGUGGAAAAGUGUCAAUCUGCAGUAUAGGGGAAAAAUUGCAAUGCAGAAUCAAAUGCAGAAACAUGAAAAAGGUAUUUAAUUUAAAUGAAUUUACUGAACAUGUGGGCAAGCAGUGGCCUAGCAUUUAUUUUGCAUUCAGUGUGGCACUACACAGGGAAAUUGCUAUGUUUUGUUUUGGUUUUUUUUAGGGGGAUUUUAUUGUGUCACUCAGUAAGAGUUUGACAUGAAGUGUGUUGAAAGACAAAACACUUAUAGCUAAGAGUAACGGGCAUGUUGCUAAAGAGUGGUUUAAAGAGGGGAGAAUAAGAUUUUUCUUUAAUUUUGGCUUUAGAUUUAAAGUAAACUUUAAUGUUUUAAAAGUAUUCACAGAUUUAAUACCUAGCGUAUACAUAAUAUAAUUAUAAGCAGCUGAAACAUGAGUGAUAUUUACUUCAGUCUUUCUGUCUCCUCUGUCAAUCUCUCUUUCUUUUUUUUUUUU